AUAUAACAUGUCUUGCUUUGGCCUAUACGUAAAUUAGAAUCACUUACGAGAGAAAACCUUCAUUACUCCCAAGAAUUUCCAUAGAAUGGCCAAGAAAAUCUUGAUGUCCGUAAAUAUGAGGUGCCAAAAAUGUCGCUCAGCAGCUCUCAAGAUCGGAGGCCAAACCACUGGAGUGACUUUUGUGGGAUUAGAAGGAGAAGAAAAAGAUCAAGUUGUGGUGAUCGGUGAAGGAGUCGACGCAGCCGGUUUGGUCCUCCGGCUUCGCAAGAAAGUGGGUUUUGCUGACCUUAUUAGUGUCACUGAUGUUGACACUUCUUAAUUCUUAGUAUAAUACCGAAAUCAUAUUUCUUUAUUUUGUUGCAUUCUUUUUCAGUAAGCAUACCACCUUUUCUUUAAUCGCUGUUAUUCCCAUAGUUAUAAUAUAUUGUUAAAAAUAUAUUUUAUUUAUGAUUUUUCCUUAUUUAUUCUUUUGUAAUAUGCUAUUUCUUUUUGCAACAUGUUAUCCUUUUAAAUGUCGAUGUCUAACACA